GGAAGAGAGCGACACAGCUGUUAACAGCAUAUUUAGAAAGCGUGUACGGUUCCAGAGUUUGAGACCGAACAGACACUGCUGCUGAAGCAGUUCACUGUAAAGUCUGUUUCUAAUAUGAACUAAGAGCUGUCGACCAAUUUACUGAUGGCGUUUUAUACCUACUGUGUGAAAACCGUUUCAUGAUAUUUUCAGUGAUACCCGCAACUUCAUGUCCAGUUCCCUCCUAAAGUCCGACUUCACACGCAAAAUAAGAGACUUUAUGUCUGGGAGUGUUUUAAAGCAGAGUUUAAUGGGUGGUAGAUUACGCGGGUGAUUUGGGGUAUCGGGCAAUUUCCUCUCCUGCGUAAAACUUGCGUCAUCGGCGCACUGGUGUCUUCUGACGUUUCUUCAAUUAACAUUUAUUAUUCAAAUCACCAUAGAUAGAGAUAGAGCCACAACUGUAGAGAUCAUGCUUGCUGGUGCCGCGUUCUUGUGUCCGAUGCCUAAAAGAGAACCAUGCUUUGGGCAGCACCGGUGUUCUCUCUAACCUACAUGCGCAGAGCAAGUAGCACAUCCCGAUAGGUAGCACAUAGGCCUAUCUACAGAACACCGGCAGGCUCCACACAGUUUACAGACAGAGGACGGCGAGUGAGGGUGAGUUGGGGAAGAAAAGAGUGUGAGAGAAUGGGAGUGCCCUCCCCCUCGCCAAAUGUCUCGAUGGAUCCACUCCUUCAUAACCCAACUCUUCUCCAGCCGUGCGCAGAUGGCCAAAGUGUCCAAACCGGACUUUGAAUCUGCUCAAACAGCCACGGGAUGACACAAUGAGAGCAGAUUAGAUAUUCAACUCUUUCAACCACUUCUUUGUUUUAUUUAGUGUACACUGAAAGUCAAGGUAGCUAAACACCCUCAGGCGAAAGAGCACUUGGCUACAUGUGAAUGUCUGCCGGUCUACCAGCGCACUACGCUGGUGAUGCCAUGCCGAGAAAUCACACCGGCGACGAGAGCGGCGGCACCGGGCUCUGGCUGAAGACUUCAACGGGACGCCAGGUGCAGGACUACGCACUCAACGAUGUGGAGUCUGGGCGGAGGACGAUGAAUAACGCGGUUGGAGUCGGGGACGGUCUCCUGUCUCCCGCCACGGCAGGUGUGUUGGGAUCGGAGAGGAAGCAGGGCGCCCGGCUCAGCCUGCUGGGGAAGCCGCUGACCUACAGCGCGCAGAGCGGCCGCCGGAACGCGCGCUACCGGCGGCUCCAGAAUUACCUCUACAACGUGUUGGAGAGACCAAGAGAAUGGGCUUUCGUCUACCACGCUUUUGUGUUCAUCCUGGUCUUUGGAUGUCUUGUUCUUUCUGUGUUUUCCACCAUUCCUGCUCACCAAGAAUUCUCCACACACUGUCUGCUCAUCCUGGAGUUUGUGAUGAUUGUAGUGUUUGGUCUGGAGUAUAUCAUCAGGAUAUGGAGUGCUGGCUGCUGCUGCCGCUACCGAGGCUGGCAGGGACGCCUCCGCUUCGCCAGGAAACCGUUCUGUGUCAUUGACAUCAUCGUACUUAUCGCCUCAGUUGCUGUGGUUUCAGCCGGUAGCCAGGGUAACAUCUUUGCCACCUCUGCGCUGCGUAGCCUUCGUUUCCUUCAGAUCCUGCGCAUGGUGCGCAUGGACCGCAGGGGAGGGACCUGGAAGCUGCUGGGAUCUGUAGUUUAUGCACAUAGUAAGGAGCUGGUGACUGCCUGGUAUAUUGGGUUCCUGGUGUUAAUCUUCUCCUCCUUUUUGGUCUAUCUGGUGGAGAAAGAAGUCAAUCAGGACUUUGCCACCUACGCCGACGCUCUGUGGUGGGGCACGAUCACCCUUACAACCAUUGGCUACGGUGAUAAGACCCCACAGACAUGGACCGGGCGGUUAUUAUCUGCCUGUUUUGCUCUGCUGGGGAUCUCCUUCUUCGCCUUGCCAGCUGGGAUCCUAGGGUCAGGUUUUGCCCUGAAGGUGCAAGAGCAGCAUCGACAGAAGCACUUUGAAAAGAGGAGGAACCCAGCUGCCAGCCUCAUCCAGUGUGUCUGGCGUAGUUAUGCUGCUGAUGAGAACUCGGUUUCCAUUGCUACCUGGAAGCCUCAUUUGAAGGCGUUGCAUACCUGCAGCCCCGCCAAGAAAGAGCAGGGCGAGACUACUUACAGUCAGAAGUUGAGUUUUAAGGAGCGGGUCCGGCUGGCGAGUCCUCGUGGUCAGAGCAUGAAGAGCAGGCAGACGUCCAUCAACGACCGCCAACGCUGUUCCCCUGGCAACGACGUGGUAGGCGGCAGCGAGCUGAUGGGUGGGAGCCCGGCCAAAGUGCAGAAGAGCUGGAGCUUCAACGACCGGACCCGGUUUAGGCCGUCACUGAGGUUGAAGAGCCAGACUCGCACUGCUGUCCCAGAUGUGGACACAGGAAUGACCACAGAGGAGUCCUUUGAUGAGAGAGGCUGCCAUUGUGAUGUUACAGUGGAGGAUUUAUCAGCUCCCCUCAAGGCUGUCAUCAGAGCUGUCAGGAUCAUGAAGUUCCACGUGGCAAAAAAGAAGUUUAAGGAAACAUUGCGUCCAUACGACGUGAAGGAUGUCAUAGAGCAGUACUCAGCAGGACACCUGGACAUGCUCUGUCGCAUCAAGAGUCUUCAGACUAGAUUAGACACUGUAGUGGGUCCCUCUCCAAGGCCUUUCAGCAGCCGCUUCAAGACCUUUUCCUCUCCCUCUCUGCAUUUAUAUUACAGCCAUUCCCGAAGGAAACAGUCUGUACCGGGACUGGCCAGUGCAGCGGGCUCUGGUCCCAGCCUGAAUAGCCGACCCAGGAACAUGUCCUCUCCUGCCCUGCACUAUUAUUACAGCAACAACAGGAAGAAGCUCCCUGACUCAGGGGUGGAUCAGAUUCUGGGAAAAGGCCAUGUUCCUGUGGAUAAGAAGAUGAGGGACAAACUUCACCCAGAUGGAGACACUCUGGAGGGCAUGAGCAUGCUAGGACGUGUGUGUAAGGUGGAGAGACAGGUAACUUCCAUUGAAUCAAAGUUGGAUUCUUUGCUGGACGUUUACCGCCAUGUUCUACAGAAAGGACCCUCAGCACUCACCCUCUCGUCCCUUCCACUGUUUGAGCUAGACAACCACCAGCACCACAACUCGGACUACCAGCCCUCCAUCAUCGGUAGGGAUCUCCCCUCCCCCCAGGGAGGUGAUCCGGUUGGAGGUGGAGGAGAUAACAGUGGGGGCUUACGCCGUUCUCUUAGCGCCAACCCGAGAGGCCUGCGGCUCAUCCUGCCACCCGCCGAUGAUGACGGCCCUCCAGACUCAGCACCUCCAUCCUACCCCCCGUCCACAGCCUCACUCUCACCAUCACCCCUACUGCCUCCCGAUAGCCCCUACCCAACCUUGGUCACCCCCAAUGGUACCACCAAAAGAGCACACUUCCCUGACCUGCCUCCCCCACCUCCCUCAACAGGGGGUUUCACCCUCCGGCUGCCUCCCAUUUUGCACCCCUCCCAUCUCCGAUGCCCCGUUGACCCCGUCUCAGAUGAAAUGACAGAUGAAAUGACAGAUGGAAUGGCGGCGGAUGAAGGGAGCCUGGGCCCCUCUGUUGUUGUGGGAUCCAGUGUGGAUGCUGAGCAGGAAGGGGACAGUGAGGCUGGCCCUGCCCAGGGAAGGGUGCAGCUGCGGGAGAAGCCUGGCUUGAAAUCUGAAGGGGUCUGGAGGAGGCACAUGAGCCUGGAGGUUAACCCCCUGCUGUUGCUCUCAUCUUGCCCAGAUGGGACGCCGUCAGACUGGGAGAGCAGUCUCGGGAAGUCCCUCUCUGUGCACAACCUCAGCCAGUCUUUGACCAACCAUGCUCCAGGCCUCUCCUCAGCACUCAACAACAGCAGCAGCAGCAGCAACGGUAGCGUACCUUGCAAUGCCCACGGUGACCUUAGCAACUGGGAUGGAGCAGAACUCUUCAUUAGUGAGUGCAAACUACAGCCAGCGGAAGAACAUUUCAACUUCCUGUCCCAGGGACCUGACAGCAACGCCUCAGACCUUUUACAGACUGUGGAGGAGGCUGCACCUCACGCCAAGGGAAAUUCAGAGUUUCUCAGUCAGUCCCCACACAUACAGCUGGCAUAACCACCCACACACACACUGACACAUGCUCACAUACUGUAUGUACACACCAUGGUUAUAGGAAACCAGUAUUUUCUACAGGACACUACUAUGUUGCAAAUGUCUAAUUGAUGCCUUGUACAUGGAAAUACAAUGUUUUUAUUUUAUUUUUUUGAUUAACAUGAUUGUGUCCAUAUUAUGGAGUUAAACAAUUCCAUAGUACAAUGGUGUAUAACAUAUCUAUGAAAGUGGGCAUAUUCACAAAAUAUGCUUGUGACAAAAUACACAAAAUAUACACAAAUCAAAAUAUCCUUGGUUUAAAAGAAGUUACUUGGAUCUUUAUCUUAAGAUUCAGAAAUGAUAAUUUCAUUAACUUUAUACAAAAGGUCAUGUUUUUCAUAUACAAGAUCAUAUAUUAAAAAAAAGAUCAAAUGUAAUUUAAUGUAAAAUUUUAAAAAACAAGGAAGGAAUGUUGCCUACUAGACAUCAGAGUGUAUAAGCAAAUCAAUUAAUCAAUUAAUUUGGUUAUAAUUUCUUUAUUAUACCUUUAUUUUACCAGCCAAGUUAAUUAAGAACAGUUUCUUAUUUACAAUAACAGCCUGGCAGGAGACAAAGGCCUCUUGUGGGUUACUGGGAUUAAAUAAAAACAAUAAUUAAUUUGGUUCAUCACAAAAAAAUUGUUAACUUUGUUUUCAAGGUAAUUUCCAGCAGUCCUACAUUUUAACUCAGUCUGAACCCAACCUGAAACCAAAGGACCUACUUUGGGCUCAUCGCUGAAACAAGCGGGAGUGUAACUUUUUAUUGUAAAAAUGAAAGGAUAUGUCAUCUUUGACUUUGACAAUUAAUUGAGUAAAGAAAACUAAAAGGAAAUACUGUAAGGUUUUUUAAUAACCAAACAUAGUUGUAAGUUACAAACGUGUAGUUGAGCCUCAAACAAGGCAGGUCAACCAGUUCUUUCUUAACAUGUUGUUCAGCCGAUACACACGGGUACAUCCACACACAUACAAUCACUCUUUCACAAACACGGACACUGACAUACAUAAACACAGAGUACCCUGAGAAGAGCCAACUUGACAAAGAGCUGAGAUUGACUAAUGACUUAUUUUUUCAUACAAGUGCUUGUAUUCAGAGACUUUAUUGGAAGAAGAGUAGAGUCACUCACUCUCCUUAUUAUUGUCUGUCUUUGGCAAUGUAAAAUGUCACCUUUUACUUAUUUUUUCAUACAUAUCACUGUAUGGACUGUUUCUAGAAAACAAAUGAAUGACUGAUGGGUGGGACCUGGUGUGAUGGAAAUAGCUGAAUUAUGAAAGAGCUCAAGGUCACACUUGGUUUGGACAGCAUCCUGGUGAGUUAGUUGCCAAUAGUCUGAAUGUUGAAUUGCUUUUCAAAGGGGCUUUCCAGCCAAACAUGAAAUUCUGCAUGUCUAAGGUGUUGUGAUAAUUAAAGUCAAGAGCAGUCACACGCUAGCUGGUGACCUUUAAUAAAAAAGUACAAACAAAGUCUGCCUAUAUGAACAAUAUUCUAAUUUGAACUAAUUUGAAAGUAGUGAAAACAUGUACCCACAUACUACACAAUUUUAGGACAACUAUACAACUUUUUAUGGUCAUUUAAGUAAUUUUCUUGACAAACCCUGUGUUUUUACUGGGUGCUGGUUGCACCAAUAAUGUUUAAAGCCCGCUGGACUGACCAUAUUCCCUCCUCCCAGUCUGGAAAACAACACGAGGUGUAGUGUGGUGUAACAGGGUGCAAUGCCCAGACUCCAUUUAUAAUACAGCAGGUUAACAAUAUGUACAUGCACUGUUCCAGGGUGCAUGCUGUUAUUUGUGUCCAUUCUGCUGCUGACAUUGUCAAAAAUACGAUAUAUUCACAUCGAAAAAUAAGAGAGAGAGGGAGAGAGAGAUGAGAAAAAUGGUCCCUGUAAUGUCAAUAUUUCUGGGACUUCAGCAUUCAGCAGAUGAGCUAUGUGCUUAAGGGAACUUUGGCAGGAGACUAACUAGACGACUUCCAACUGAACUGAAAAUGUGGCUUAUGUGUGGUCUCUUUCACCCCCCCCCCAAAAAAAGGAUAAUAAACCAGGAUUUUGAAUGUGCACGUACUUCCUCCUCGCCAAAUCAAGAAUUAUAAUUACAACAUUUAACCAUUUAGGGUUAUUGUAAUAAGCUUAAAAUGGGAAAAGUGGAUACAUUUAUAUUUUAGUGCAUUCAGAUCGAGAAGUUAUAUGUAUUCACUAGCACACUCAUGAAAAAUGGUGUGUUGCAAGUAGAUGCUGUCCUACCGCUAUACUUGCAUUGUUGACAUUGCCAUCCUGCUUGUAGAUUGGUUAAAUCAGAAUUAUGCACAAAACUAUGUCUGCCAUCUUAAUUUUUGUUAGCCUUUUUGUUUUUGCAUGUUUACGUCUUUAGGGGUAUGCAGUUACGGCAGUCUUAAAAAUCUAUUUUAAUGUGUUCAUGACAACCUUUAUUCAUCAUUGUUUUCCAAUUAUAUUUCCUUUGUUUUGAAUGGUGAGUAAAUGCAUUGCUUAGCAAAUAAACAUGCUGUUGCAGAAUAUAAAAAGUAUUAUAAUCUAACAAAUGACAAUAUUGUAAAGACUUGUAGAUUAAUGUAGAAAUAUUCUACAGGCAAUGCAGGAGUUGUUGUUGUCUGAUGAAAUAUAUUAUCAACAUGAAAGCACAGUUGUUUUUGGUGAGUUUGAGGAGCCUGAAAAUGUGACUUGCUAGUUUGAUGCUUAAUAUUAGAAUGGAUUUGUUAUAGUUAUUGAUUGAAUUUUGCUACAUAUGAAAAGAGGCCAAACAAAACUCAGUUACUUUGGAGCAAGAUAUCGAACAAAUGCUGAAAAACAAGGAAAGCCCAAGGACUCCAGCCAGUUGGGACUUUUGAUUGAUUUUUGCAAUCUGUAAAUUGCUUCAGGGUGCCUUUCUUGCAUUUGAAAAUUCUUCAUGAUUUCUUUAUGGGCCAUAAAGGUCAUGUUGCCUACAGCCUAUAGCAUACUGUAUAGUUGAAGUCAAACUGCUCAUUUUGUGUUGGGCAUCCAGUUCACUUAAGUCUUUAGCCACAGACUUUAUAUGGCUUUGAUAGCUAAUAAUAGCAUUUCUCUACUGCUUGAACAGUAAUUUAUUACACAAAUGGCCUUAAAGCUUGAUAAAGUUAACAUUAUUAUUUCUUUGAAAUUAAUUUAUUAAAGUGCACAUUAUGUUCUCUGGAUGAGAAAUGCAAAAAUAAUUUUAUUAUUCAUUAAUAAAGUACAA